UGCAUACCCUCGUCCAACGUGCCCAUAUUUCCUCCUCCCAAGCCAAAGUCUGUACAAACUGGGCAGGACUUGGACGAAACUUGGCCCGGCGUCACUUGGUCCUCUCCACCACCUCAGUAGCUUCUUAUCCCAGCUGAACGAGCAAAACCAAACGAAAGACAGGCCGCACAGAUUUAGAGACUAUAAAUAUAUCGGACCUGCAUGAAUCCAAAACAACUUCUGAUCCCAGACUGCACGAUACCCCGCUGGUCCAAUGAUCAUGAACACAGCCGAAAGCCUCACGAAACAAGCAGCAGCGACGAGCGAUCUCGACGAACGCGAGGCGCUGCUGAGAUUAGCGCUCGAUCAGGAAGUGUCCGCUUUCUUGCAAGGCAAAACAAUUCAAUGGCCGCGUCAUGGCGAUUACGGAGUGAGUGCAGCGGAAGGUCGGUUUAUUGAGCGGAAUGUUGAGGGGGAAGUACCGACGGAGAAGGGACAAGUCGACGUACCGGAGCCUAUAGCAUCGCUACCGACGGAGAAAGAUGUCCAGGAAAAGGGCGAAACAUCGCACGUCCCAAUCCAACAGCAGCAACAAGCUACCACCACCGCGCAACCACGCCCGCAAGUCACCCGAGCCUCGCGAUCCUGGAUGCCAUCGGCCUCCAAACCCACCACACAGCUCUACGUGGACAUCAAAGCGACGAUAGAAAUUCCUCCGCCCGCCCGUAAACCCAGCGUGGCAUCUUCGAGCUCGGUGCAGACUAGCGAGUACACUCAGGAUACGGACGGGCGGUCGGAGACGCUUUCGCCGACGCGGCGGAAACCGAGGAAGUUGGAGGUGAGGCAGAAGAAGAAGAAGAAGCCGAGGAAGUUGGAGGUGAGGGCUGAGGCGGGGUCUUUGUGAUGGGUUUCAUUGAAUUCAUUAUCGUGGGGAGUCGUUUAAGCCAUUGCCUUGGACUCAACGCUGCGGGCGUGCGGUGCGCUUUUGCCAAACGGCCUGAAGAGCG